ACAGCAAACGUGCCAGGAAACUGCAACAACAUGGGUGCUGUUGCCCUGCACCACUACAGCAGAUCUGGGAGGCGCUGCAUUCAGUGAUUUUUGUGCGUCCAGGGCUCUCACCCACAUCAAUCGUGAUCAUGGCAGCGUCCGGGGCUGUGACGUCUCUUGUAGACGCUUCCACAGCAGUCGCGGAACGAGCUCUACGAACACCAAGCGCUGUUCCAGAAGCUGUGCAGAUUGCUUCAGGAUCCACGUUCGGUCUGCUAGGACGUGUCAUCCUGUCCAUAUUGGGCGUGCUUCCUAGCAUCCUCUUUUGGCUGUCUUACACCCUCCCCACAUGGCUCUUCACACUGUUCUCUACCACUCUGACUUUCACGAUGAACUUCAGCUCUUUGGUUUUUGUCUUGGUGUUCGUGGUCUCUACCGUCACCUACUUUGUUAGGUAUCGCUACUUGACCAUGUACGCGAGACUGCCACCAGAACCACAACGUGAGGAACCCCAGGUCGAGGUCUUCCCUGAAAGUCAGGAGGGCGAUAACAAAAGAGCGUUCUCGAAUUACAUGGACGAGUUUUUGAGUGCCAUCAAGGUGUUCGGUUACUUAGAGCGUCCCGUCUUCCAUGAGUUGACACGUACGAUGCAGACUCGACGACUCUUCGCAGGCGAGACUAUCUUGCUGGAAGAAGAGAAAGGGUUUUGUCUGGUCAUGGAUGGUUUGGUCCAGAUCUUCGUCAAGUCAAAACGUGAGAACAGCGAUUCUGACGAGGAGGCAUCCUCGAACGAAUCGCACCAUCAGGGUCACAGUCAAGGUUACCAGUUACUGACGGAAGUCAAGAACGGUGCGCCGAUGUCCUCGUUGUUUUCGAUUUUGUCAUUGUUCACGGAAGAUAUCAAGCUUCGUCACGAUGAAGACGAGCCAGGACCGAGCAUGCCCAGUACACCGCACACUGGAAGACCGAGACCGUCGAUAUCCCGCAACAGCAGUUUUGCGACAAUGGAUGACUCCAGACCACAGACCCCUCAGCAUCUGCCUCGCACACAGACGGGGCAUCGACGCGCUUCUUCUACAUUGGCAAGUCCCACAGCAGGUGGUCGUUUACCAAGUGUGCCGCCACUUUCGCUUGAUUUGGACGAACAUGGCGAACGUGUCAAACACACCAAGCCCCGGCGAUCACCAUCAAGAUCAUCAAAACCCAAAUCUGCGCACCCAGAUAUCGUCGCUCGAGCAGUCGUGGAUACAACAAUUGCCAUCAUACCCGCAACGGCUUUCCACCGAUUGACACGUGUAUACCCUAAAUCAACAGCGCAUAUCGUUCAAGUCAUUCUCACACGUCUUCAGCGAGUCACUCUGGCAACCAGUCAUGCGUAUCUCAGCUUGACCAAAGAGGUCCUUCGUACGGAGAAACUGAUGAACAAGUAUACGACGUAUGAUCUCCCUGGCUUCCUUCGUGAUGCACCUUUGGAGAGGCUAAAGGAGAAGUUUGCGAAGGAGACAGACCGCCUCGGUGUCGACGAGGGUAUGCAAGGGAUCGCCCUACACAAUCCGGGCGCCGGACGUCGCCGUCGAUCAAGUACGUCGCUCAGGCGUGGCACAGCUGCGCAAGCCCGUGUUGCGGCGGCACGAGGAACGUCCAUGGAAGUGAACAGCCAGAUCGAAGCUAAGAAGAAUUCACUGGAACCAUCUUUUCGUAACGACCGCAUCAGUGCGGGCGACCUCUUGACCAAUACCCAGAUGGCUCGUGGAGCGGGUCGAUCAGGCCGUGGCAACAGCUUCUCCCAGCCAUAUCAACAUGACAACCGACGAGAAGCUCGCACCCCACUUGAUGCUGAUAAUUUCAACCCAUUCACCUCGCCAUUGGCACGGCCGACUAUACAGCGACAAGAGUCCAUCGAUGAAGCUACCAUCUUUAGACAGUCUGUUCUCGACUGCAUGUUCAAAGCGAUUGGCUUGACGGAUCUAGAAAACCCAAUGCCCAAGCCAGCUGUGUCGGUCGAGCAGUCGCCCAGAAUGCUGUCAUUCGACAACAAGCGCCAGAAGGCUGUGUUCACCAAUGCAUUCGGUUUGAUGGACCCGUACGACGGCGGUGACACAGAAUCAGUAGUGUCAGCCUCGAACCUGUCGAGCAUCAGUGGUGUCAAUCACCAAAAUUUACUCGAAGAGAUAGUCAACGAUGUCGAGAUUGUCUACUUCCCCAAGGAUGCCGUUCUAGUCGAACAGGGCGAGCGGAAUCCUGGAUUGUAUUACGUAGUAGAUGGCUUUCUCGAUGUCAGUGUGGCAAUCGAAGAUGACAGUUCGGAGUCUAAUGUGCUGGGAACCUCUCCCACAGGAGCAUCUCUCAGCCAGGAAGAGCUGUUCGGCGCGCCGCUGAAGCGAACGUCGACGAAUAACUCCACACGUAACCUCGCCGAAAGUGUGCACAAGAAAAAGAAACCGCGCAAGAGCCUAUUCAUGACCAAACCAGGUGGAUUGGCCGGCUAUUUGGGUACCGUCUCUUCUAACAGGUCAUUCGUCGAUGUUACUGCAAAGACCGAUGUAUAUGUAGGCUUUCUGCCACGAGCAUCGAUUGAGAGAAUUGUCGAGAGGUAUCCCGUUGUUCUACUGACGAUGGCUAAGCGCCUGACUACACUCCUGCCGCGCCUUAUUCAACACAUUGACUUUGCACUGGAGUGGGUUCAAGUGAACGCCGGUCAGGUUAUCUAUAAUCAAGGUGAGGAUAGCGAUGCAAUCUACAUCGUGCUCAACGGACGUCUACGAGCCAUACAAGAUGCCGAAAAGAGUGGUACGAUGAAGGUCAUUGGGGAGUACGGCCAAGGCGAUAGCGUUGGUGAGCUCGAGGUGCUGACAGAGUCGGCACGCCCUGGGUCGCUACACGCCAUUCGUGACACCGAGCUCGCCAAAUUUCCAAAGACACUCUUUAACAGCCUUGCGUUGGAGCACCCCGGCAUUACGAUCAAGAUCUCGAAAAUCAUUGCGUCUCGCAUGCGGUCACUGAUGGAUGAUCCGUUGCAUGAACAAACAAAAGAGCGGGGUACCAAAGCAACACGGACCAAUGUCUCUUCCACUGUCAACUUACGAACAAUCGCCGUACUGCCUGUCACAGCUGGCAUACCGGUUGUCGAUUUUGCCAGUCGUCUCAUGAACGCGCUCACUCAGAUCGGCACCCCCCGAGGUGUAGUGUCGUUGAAUCAGGCCGCUAUUCUCAACCACCUUGGGCGACACGCCUUCAAUCGCAUGGGUAAGCUGAAGCUGUCGCAGUAUCUGGCAGAUCUUGAGGAGAAGUACGGGAUGAUACUCUACGUGGCCGACACUCCCGUCAAGUCGCCUUGGACGCAGACAUGUAUCAGCCAGGCAGACUGCAUCCUGCUAGUUGGCCUCGCUGAGCUCUCACCCAACAUCGGUGAAUAUGAGCGCUUCCUUCUGACGACAAAAACAACAGCUCGGAAGGAGCUUGUCAUGCUCCACUCGGAACGCUACUGUCCUCCUGGACUGACGCGGAAGUGGUUGCGUAAUCGCCCCUGGGUCAAUGGAAGCCAUCACCACAUUCAAAUGUCGUUCCGGGCUACACAAGAGCCUGUUCAUCACGCAGGACGCCGUUUUGGAAACGCGUUGAAGCAGCGUGUACAAGUCAUUCAAGCAGAGAUCCAGAAGUAUACGUCGAGAAGAGUGCGCCAAACACCGCUGUACUCCGCAGAGACGCCGUUCAAGGGUGACUUUCACCGACUCGCACGACGACUGUGUGGCAAGUCAGUCGGUCUUGUGCUGGGCGGAGGAGGUGCCCGAGGUAUUUCACAGAUCGGUAUUAUCAGGGCACUUGAAGAGGCAGGCAUUCCCAUCGAUAUCGUUGGAGGUACCAGUAUUGGUGCGUUCAUUGGUGCAUUGUAUGCCUGGGAUGCAGAUGUCGUUCCCAUGUACGGACGCGCAAAGAAGUUCGCAGGCCGCAUGGGCAGCAUGUGGCGGUUCGCGCUCGACCUAACAUACCCUUCUGCUUCUUACACGACCGGCCACGAGUUCAACCGCGGCAUUUUCAAGACCUUCGGUAACUCCCAGAUGGAGGACUCCUGGCUCGAAUUCUACUGCAACACAACAAACAUUAGCAAAUCGCGCUCUGAGAUCCACACCUCAGGCUACGUCUGGCGCUAUGUGCGCGCCUCCAUGUCACUCGCUGGCUUACUUCCACCGCUCUGCGACAAUGGAAGCAUGCUUCUCGACGGUGGCUACAUCGACAACUUGACCGUCGCACACAUGAAGAGCCUCGGCGCAGACGUGAUCUUCGCCGUCGACGUCGGUAGUUUGGAUGACGACACCCCACAGUCAUUUGGAGAUUCCCUGUCAGGUUUCUGGGCCACGUUCAAUCGCUGGAACCCCUUCUCUGCAUUCCCCAAUCCGCCCACUUUAUCCGAGAUUCAGUCGCGUCUUGCCUACGUUUCCAGUAUUGACGCGCUGGAGCGUGCAAAGACUACGCCAGGUUGCAGGUACAUGCGGCCGCCGAUCGAUCCGUAUGGCACACUCGACUUCGCGAAGUUCGAGGAGAUAUACGAAGUGGGGUAUAAGUAUGGUAAGGAGUUUUUGACGGGGCUGAAGGAGCAGGGUGUUCUGCCUAUCACGGAGGAGACAGAGAAAGAGAAGGAUUUAAGGAGGACCAUGGCGCCGAGACGAGCCUCUAUCUAGAGUCGGCGGGCCGGGUGCUGCUCAGUCACCCUUGCCCUGCAAUCUGGAGGGCUAUUGAGGAAGAUGGAGGUGCACUGGACAAAUGGUAGGCACGAUAGGUUUGAAGGGCUUGUACACACAAUCUUUGUAUCCGGUACAGAAUAGGGACCGACAACGUGAGUCGACUCGCAACGCUUGGAGCGUACAACGUCUCACAUGGGCGGACACGAUCUACAGAUGCGCAUAAGAACCUGGCGAGGGACAAGGUGGACAAGAGCCAGCUGUAGUUCGGCGGGCAGGGCCUAGCAAUUUGUUUCCUCUUGGCGCGAGAGGAGCACUGCGAAAAUUGACUAGGGCUAUGAUGUUCAGCGUGUUGAACUGUUGUUCUGUGAAGGGGUCGCGUGCCCAUGACAUCUUAUCAGUUUUCCAUUACAGAAGUUCCAAAAGGC